AUUAGACUCCCUAAUUUUAAAAAAGUUAUAAGUGAAGAAAAAGUUUAGAGAACACACUUGCAUUCACCGAUCGAGAACACAGAGAAGAACAGAUUUAGAGAUGGAGGAAAAACCCAGUGAGAUCAGCAGCGCAAAGAUGUUUGGAGGUUACAAUAAAAGAUAUAAGCACUUCAGUCCAACUCUGGGUUGCUCCAUGACCUUCCACAUUUACUUCCCUCCAUCCCCUUCUCCAUCCCACAAAUUUCCUGUACUUUACUGGCUAUCUGGCCUAACUUGCUCCGAUGAGAACUUUAUUGUCAAGUCUGGAGCUCAGCGUGCAGCUUCCAGUGAAGGUGUUGCGCUAAUUGCCCCAGAUACAUCCCCAAGAGGCCUUGGGGUGGAAGGAGAGGCAGACAGCUGGGAUUUUGGUGUAGGUGCUGGGUUUUAUCUUAAUGCUACUCAAGAGAAAUGGAAAAACUGGCGUAUGUAUGACUAUGUCGUUAAGGAAUUGCCUAAGGUUCUGAGUGAGAAUUUUGAACAGAUUGAUACGUCCCGUGCAUCCAUUUCUGGGCAUUCAAUGGGUGGGCAUGGUGCUUUGACAAUCUACUUGAAAAACCUCGACAAGUACAAGUCUGUAUCCGCCUUUGCACCUAUUGUUAAUCCCAUAAAUUGCCCAUGGGGUCAGAAGGCUUUCUCAAACUAUUUGGGCGACGAAAAGUCUGAUUGGGAGGAAUAUGAUGCCACUUGCGUAAUUUCCAAGUACAACAAUGUUUUGGCCACUAUCCUGAUUGAUCAGGGGGAGGCUGAUAAGUUCUUGCACGAUCAGCUCCUGGCCCACAAAUUUGAGGAGGCCUGCAGGAAAGUGAACGUUCCUCUUCUGCUGCGGCUGCAGCCUGGAUACGACCACUCUUACUACUUCAUUUCAACCUUCAUUGAUGAUCAUAUCCGACACCAUGCUCAGGCCCUUAGCUUGUAAAAGGUUAUCCACUGUCUGGUUUAAAACCAUGUACUUGUGACUGAAUCUUGGAAACUUUCGUUUUGAAAUUGGUUGUGAAUUUUUCUGCAAUCUGGGCUUGGAUUUUUCAGAAACCCAUCAUUAUGAUUGUGUAAUUUUGUUGGUGACAAUGUUGCUAGCAUAAAAGCAAUGGCUAGCCUUUUGGUAUGAUGCAGAGGAGGACUUUUGGAGACAAAGGGGUAGAUGAGGCUUUACUCUUUUUCUUUUUGAUAGAAAUACUGCGUAUUUUCACAGUAAGAAGUUUAGGAGGAGAAUCCAAAUUGGCGCCACCCGGAAUGCUAUGCGCCUUUGGUUGACUGGCAAGAGAGGACAAUGCUUCCAAUCAUAAGUCCUAUUUCUUUUGAUAACUAAAAAUUAUAUUGUUAAUGAGUGAAGUGUUGGUCUCCUGCCAGGAGACUACAUAUAGAAGUUUCAAAGUUACUAAAACUUUCAAAAGA